CCCCUUCACCGGUUGCCCUGCGUAUCUCACGAUCUACCUUUACUCUCCGCGCUGUCUGUCCUCGUCUCUGGUGAAUCUUUCGAACACGCAGCGUCGCUUGACGCGUCUAUGGCCGACACCGCAACACUGAACCAACCUGUGGACACCAAUAAGGUCGAAGCAGCAAAUGACGCGGAUACCAUUUCCCCGUCUCGAACAUCGCCUGACAAGGGCCAUUCUCUCCCCAUGUCUCUUUCGCCCGGGUCGGCACUCAGCCCGCUCAGAGGGAGUCCUGCAAAUGGCACAAACUCCAAUGCGGCGGCUCCUGGGGUGCCUCAUCAGAAGAAAUUUACUCACAGUAACAUCAACAAGAAGUUCCUGGAGAAGACCCACUCCUCGUCCCCUUCAGGCCAGACCCUAUCUACAUCUGUGACAGCAAAAACUGGCAGUGCAACCCCGAAACCCUCGCUUCAGACCUCUGUCUCUCACUCACGGCUUGUAACAGCGAAGCUUACGGCAACAGCGCAGUCAUCUACCACUGGACCAGGAUGCACCGCCUCUGCCUCUGGCGCCACGAACAGCCCAGGGUAUGCUCCGCAACCUCCGCCCGCCGGUAAGGUCAUUCAACCGCAACCGCGGGGCGCAACAGAGAUGUUUGUGUCGUCUGUAAAGAGGGAUAGCUCUGGUAAACCUGCAUGGAGCAGCGCAAGAAGUGCCGCGUCUGUCGUGAACAAGCUGGACGCGGCGGCGAAUGACUUUCCAACUGCAGCGGAGGUGGCACAAGGGCAUGCUUCCAAGCUCACUGAGAAGAAAGAGGCUGCACAGGCUGCCGCUGCACAGCAGCAGGCCAUGACAGCUCAGGCCGACACGUUUCGAGGCGUCCAUCUCGAUCCAAAUGCUCACCACUGGGACGAGAUGGAGGAAGAUGACGACAACUUCCUUGACGGCGUCAUCGAGUUUGGUGAUGGCCGGCAGUACAAGAUCGAGGCCACCGAGGUAUCUAAACAACCGUUGUCAUCCAAAGAUGCGCCAGGGUCAGCCGGGGGUGACGAAGAUCCGGGUCCUCCAGCGGAGAGCCAAGGAGGAGAGAUUUGCGAUGAUUUCGACAGAAGUUGGCCACGUACCAGGCUCACGACGAACUUCACGAAUGGCCAACGCGAACACUUUGCCAAUGCCGCACCGUCUUCCGCUUCGUCACAAUCGGUCCAUUCUCCGUCAGAAUCCAAAGUGCUGUUCAACGAACGCUCCAACAGGCUGGAACCGUACUCUUCUUCACACCCCCCUCAUCGUCCAGGUCCGGGUCCAGGUCCUGGUGCGCAGACGUCGUACUUCGUGCGGAGAGGCAGCCGUUCAGACCAAGUCGUCUCGCCGACCGAGUCAAGAGGCGGCAGGGACAUGCCACCUCAUGUACACUCACAAAAUGUCCAGCUUCUGCAGAAAGGGCCCAGUAGCAUUGACCGUCGCCAUGAUGGACCUCGUCCUGCAGGCGAGCCUGUUGGUCCCUUCUCCCGGAAUUACGAGCGUGACGUUCAUAGGCACGAGACCCAGCCCCCACCCGCCUUUGCUCGCACUCCUUCGCAUGGAUAUCAGGGGCGCACGAAUGACCAUCGGGUCCACACACGCCCUCCGCGCAUGUCGGCAAUGCCGCCACCACCGCUUCCGAUACAUGCUGCACGAGACCCCCAGAGGGAAUUGAGCCGGCAAUUGCCCCCUCAUUUGUCUGAAAUGCGAUCGCCACAGCAUGGAGGCCGAGCACCCCUCUCACCAGACGCACACCGACGGGAGACCUCCGGUUUGACCGCCGAGCCUCCACCAGACACCUCGCGGCCUGUUGUUGUCUCAGCGGACUCUCAGGCAGUUGCAUCACCCAUCCUGCCCACAGAUUCAGCUCCGCCUUCAGCCGCACCUGUAGUCGAUCUGAACGAGGUACACAAGAAGGAGAUGCAGAGCGCAGCUGAACGUGCGAGGUUACGUCGGCAGCAGGAAGAAGAGGAACGUGAGCGGGAGAGGGAGCGCGCUCGGAAAAAAGCGGCUGAGUUGGAGCCACGGCUGAAAGCCAAAGAGGAACAGGGAAAACUUGCUGCGACGUCUGUCUCAGAAACUCAGGUGAUCGGAGUCAUCGAGGACGCAGUUCGCAGCGCACAACAAUCUGCGGGAGCGACUGAACCUCUGACACCAGAUUCAGUCCCACCCUCUGCGUCGAAACCAGUCUUCAGUAGGUCGUCGUCGUCGACUGGCAUGGCUCGACCACUACAAGGCCGCCGUAUGUCAUCUACCGCUAUGGCGGGCCAGGACCAGCUGUCCCCAGCAAUGGAGUCCGAUUCGUGGCGAACAUCUGCACUGCCUCCACCGCCAUUACCCUUGCUCGCAGAGGUCGAGUCCCUGCAUCUAAGGGGUGGCGAUGAUGUAGAGGUCGUGGAUUUCUCAGAUAUGGGCAAAUUUGUGGGUGCAGAAACGAUUGCUGAACCGACGCUGUCAGAACGAUCGUCCAUACGACCACCCAGGGCCAGCGCAGUUGAUUUCUUCGAGGAUGAUGCCUCGGCGUCAGGUCUAUCGCUCCCGGUAGCCCAAAGCGAUGAUGGCUCGUGGAGACGCAAACCUAUGAUUCAUGAUUCUUCAACGCACGCAGCUGAAGGCACUGGGUCCACUGUGUUGAAGGAGCACUUGCGAGUGCAGAUCAUCCCACCGGAUACAUCUGGACCCCCAGGCAAUUCUCUUGUAGUCCCGGUGCACUCCGGCACAAACCAUAUGCUACAAGGGCACCAUGGUCACGGCCCUCAGCGCUCUCCGCUCACGCCAUCUUAUCGAGAAGCACCUAUGUCAGCUCUCAACGAUGUGAUCUCCCGAAUCAAAGGGGCUUUGGAUGAUAUGCAUCCGAAGGAGGAUCCGCCGAAGCCGGAUAAGUGGCUGCCACCUGCGCUCAGGCCAAAACAAGGUGGUCCUGAUAUUGCCUUGCCGAGUGAGGUCUUCGACGUGACUGGGAAAGAGCCACCCCGUUCUCCCAAGCCUGCAUGGAAUGCGUUCACCGUGAAGCUGUCGAAGGCGACCUCACCCCGGUUACCACCUAUUCGACCAAAGCAACUCCAUAGUUUUCGGAGCGCCACCUUCGUUUGGUCGGCCAUCUACUCAUGGGUCCCUCCCAUCGGUGGCAAUCCUCGCCGGGACGUCGCAGUUGACGACCACUUAUUUCACGAGUCACCGGGGAGCAAGGGUCCUCAUGCACGGUAUCGCGUGGCGCUGCCGCACAAGCGACCACCUAUACCUCCAGGAGAGUCGGGAAGCGCUGGUCCGGUGGUACAUCUACCGCCAAAGCCUGCCAGUACUCGCAGCGCCAAACCCGUUUCCUGCGAACCUGAGACCCCGAGCUGGAGGAGGCCCGCUCCGAACUCUGCGCAACUAGUUCAGGAUGCUGCCAAUGUCCAUCCUGGAUUAGACACAACGAGUAGGUCGCCGCCUCCCGAAAGCGAGCCCACCUCUCCUAGUCGGCUUCCAAUCACAAAUCUCGUUGGUUCUGGCGUUGCUUCUCACCGUGAUGCGAAAGUUGACGAUGCUGCACAGCCGGUGUCGGUGAGCUUCGUGGUCAGUAGCGAAAUAGACGAGCCGAAUGCCGUUGAGAGCACAGCGUCACGGGAAAACACCACACAAACGAGGGCUCAAUCUGGUUCAAGGCCCGUAGAGGGUCCAUCUGGGCGCAGCGACGGGAGCAAGCCGCUCGCGGAACAACCAGCUAUCACGUCAAGUGUCACUACGAGCACCUUCGACAAGCAUGUGUCUCAAUUGGGCCAAACUUCGUCGCCCGUAGUAGCCAAUGGAUUCACCUCCAGAGGAGUCCCAGACCCGGAACUCCUGAAGGCGGUUUGGUCUCAGACAUCUGACAAGGCUGCAUUGCCGUCAGUGAACUCUCUUGAGGGUAUCGCCGACGAUUUGACUGCUGUAUCCUUCUCCUUGCAAGAUGUCAAGUCAGAAGACGGUGGAACACCUCCGCCCUCUGGGUCGGGUCCGGCGAGGAUGUCUUCGUACGAUGUUACACGUGCCUUCCAACAGGUCCCGACAUCUUCUGUCAAAUCUCCUCAAAGGAAUACAAUCCUUCCGCCCGGGUGGGCUCUGCCUCCACCUGCCAGUCUUCGCCCUCCGUAUCCUUAUCCAUCUCCGGUUCUCAGCCACUCACCAAGCCCAACCGUCGUGUAUCCUCAAAUGGCACCGAGCCCUAUACCUCGGCCAAUGAUGGUCAAUGGUCCGCCAUCGCCGUAUGCUCAACCCGUGUGGAUGCCAAUUGGCGGACCUCAACCACAGACCAACCUAAUGCGCCCCAUGACAUCCUCAUAUGCACCCCCAUUCGUCCCGUAUCCGUCUCCCGGGCCAGUUCCUUUGUAUAUAUCGUCCGGUAUGCCAAACCCACAACAGCCACCCAACGGGGUGCAGGGUCGCGGAGCCAUGAUGAGUCCUAUGAUGCAGCCGGCGCAUGCCCUAUACAGCAGUAGUCCUGUCAUGAUGCAUUCGCCGUCCGGGAUGCACGCGCAGCCGCCUCACGGCUAUACACCAGCUCCCCCAAACCGCGGACAAAUGCGCGGCAACUUCGAGCACGCCUCAGGCGGAUCUAGCAUUCCUGCACCUACCGGCCAUCCCCCGCAGCAGCCACCCUACCCUACCACACCUGCCUACUCCGCGCGCCCGACGUGGUGAAGUCUUGUAGAG